AUGGUAGGGAUUUUGCAAGUUGAGGCACUACAUGAAAAUGACAAGAAGACUUAUUUGUUUGGCGAUUCAUUCACAAUACGGACCAGUCAUGACAUUGUUCUGCUCCGUUUUCCGUGUGUUACAGGCCAGCAUCAACGCCUGAUCCAAGGUAAUCGUGGUUUAAAACAAUCUAGUAAUCAACAGGGAUUAUCAUACGCCAAUUUUGUAGCUCACAAGUUUCACCAUCUUCAAGGAUCGCUUUUGGACUAUUCUUGUGAAGUUGUUCAGGACGAAGAGUGCGCUUUUGCCUGUGUUGAUAAUGCGCCCUGUAUUUCGUUCAACGUUGCUUCGUCGCCAAACGAAAAUGGAACGCUUCGCUGCGAGCUGCUAAGUGAAGACAUGUUCAGAAGUCCUGAAAAACUAACCGUUUCACAACAAUUUCACCAUUAUAGCAUAAAGACACCUUGCUCAAGGAAUCCUUGCAAAAACAACCGCAGCUGCAUCCCAAAUUACGAAGACGAUCAAUAUCAUUGUGUUUGCCCGGCGGGCUAUAUAGGCCUUCAUUGCACGAGAGAAUGUCUAGCUCCCUUAGGAAUGGAAAACCAUAAAAUAACUGCGGCACAGAUCUCAGCGUCUUCUCAAGCUGAUGGAAAUUUUGCCCCACGCCACGGAAGACUACAUUACAAGGGUAUUGGCGGCGCAUGGGCAGCAGGGGUAAUUGAUGCAAAUGUACAUGAGUGGAUUCAAAUCGAUCUUCGUGUUGAGGCAAAUGUUACUUUUGUGGCAACCCAAGGGAGAUACUGGAACCCCGACCAACGGGUGACCGAGUACAAGUUACAAUACAGCAAGGAUGGACUUUCCUUUCAGGUUUAUAAGCAAACUGGAGAUAACUCAUACAAGGUGUUUGCUGGAAACAGUGAUCAAGACACCGUCGUGAAACAUCCUUUGAUUCCUCCGAUCGAAGCACGAUACAUCAGACUGAUACCCACAGCAUGGAACAGUCACAUCUCCAUGAGGAUGGAACUCUAUGGAUGUUUUGAGUGUCUGGCACCUUUGGGAAUGGAAAACUUAAUAAUAACAAACGCACAGAUAUCAGCUUCCUCUCAAAAUGAUUCAGACCAUGCCCCAUACUACGGAAGACUACACUACAAGGGUAAUAACAGCGCAUGGGCAGCAGGGGUGAGUGAUCUGCAUCAGUGGUUUCAAAUCGAUUUUGGAAUUGAGACAAAAGUCACUUAUGUGGCAACUCAAGGAAGACAUAAUACCAGCCAACGGGUGACCCAAUACAAGUUACAGUACAGCAACGAUGGAAAUACAUUUCAGGUCUUUAAGCGCCAAGGAGAGAACUUAGAUGAGGUGUUUGUGGGAAACAGUGAUUCUGACACCGUGGUAAAACAUCACUUAACUCCACCAAUCAAGGCACGAUACAUCAGACUGAUACCCACGGCAUGGAAUCACCACAUCUCUAUGAGGAUGGAACUCUACGGAUGUUUUGGUAAUUGACGCUUAAGUCAAACCCUCAAACUCAACGAUAACUAAUUUUUACUUGGUUGUACCUGUUACCGUCGCCGCGAUUUUUGUUAUGUUUUCCGUUUGUACGCGCAUUCCUUCCGUUUAUCUCACUGGCACGUCGUCAGUAUUCUGUUAGGUUUUUCCGCAUAAUUCGUUUUGUUUCAGUCCCUUUUUUGUACAAGUUUUACAGUACAUUUGUGCAUUUCCAUCGUGUGCGUGACAGUCAUCUAGUUUUACAGUCUCCACCACUGUCCCUUCAUCGUGUUCCUUGUCAUACAACAUCAU